AUGGCAUCACCGACAAAACACAGUCGCAAUAUUUCCCGGUCUUCACGGCCCCGCAGCUCAACUCGGGGCCCUCUAGAUGCACCAGAUGACCCACUUGGACCGAAAAGCUUGCGUACAUCGCUUAGCUUGAAUACAGACCCCGAAAGUGGUACCUUAGGGGUUUCUUUUCACGAAUUGGACCCAUUAGCUCCCGAUGAGCUACCAGAAACACUAGGGAAGGAUCUCUCAUUCCUCCUUCGACAUAAUAUCUUUCAUGCGCUAUCCCAUACCGAUAUCCCGCCCCCUUUACGCUCUGAAUUCAUUGUCCUCGAUCCCAGCGAACCACUCUCCGCAUCUCUCGGCACGCUCGAGAAGCUACUUGCUCAAGGUCGCUUCCUGGUUGCUGCACACUUCGCCAGCUCAAUAUUGACAUCCUCUUUAAUAACAUCUACGGAUAUUAAAUUAAUCUUUUCGCUGUUUUACACUCGUCUCGCGUGUCUUGAACUGUCCGGAAACACUGUUCUCGCGGCUCAAGAAUCGAAAGCAUUGGAAGAUCUGCAUUCUGCAUUUUACUUCAUUGAAUCAAACUUCGAUUCACCGGAACCAGAUCAGAAACCGGAAACAGAUCAGAAAGAUGGCGCUGUUCCCGAGCCCUAUCUUCGUCACAUAGUUCCAUGGCCAUUGCGCGUGUUAGCUGUGAGACUUCAAAGUAUUGGAUUCGGCGACCCUCGCAGGAGUAUUGGUGGACUAUAUGAAAUUGGAUUAGAGGCACGCAGGGAGAUGAUGAACCAGGAGAUUGAUGAAAACGAGAGAAAAAUCUGGAAGGAUCGAUUGGCUGAUCUAGGGAUUCGCAGUGUCAAUGCACUCAUUGAGAUGGGUGACCUCGAUGCUGCCAAACGAUCCCUCGAAAGUUUACGUUUUUCGGAAUCUGAUACAGAUAUUGUCAAACUGCGCAAAGCGCUCCUUUUUCUGAGAAUUGGAGAUGCCGAUUCUGCACAGCAAGUCUUCGGUGACUCUUAUGAGUCAAAGGAGGCGGCCUUGUUGCAGCCUUUGCUAAGCAUGUCCGAUGGUCGUUACAAUGACGCUGUGGAUCAGUGGCGGGUUCUUUAUGAGGACCAAACCAGGAGCGAUGAAGAUCUGGUGGCACAGAACAUGGCAGUCUGCCUGCUUUACUCUGGAAAACUGGACGAGGCACGUCAACUCCUGGAGUCCCAGGUCUCUGCGAAUCACUCCUUUGGUAGUCUCAUUUUCAACCUUUCAACUGUCUAUGAGCUCUGCUCCGAUAAUGCAAGCCAAUUGAAGGGGCAACUGGCAGCUACAUUAGCGGGUCAACCCGUUUCUGGAGAAACAAACAUAGAUCGCCCUAAUACAGACUUCAAGCUAUGA